GAGUGAGAGAGAGAGAGAGAGAGAGGGAUGGCAAUUGCAGCUUUUGUGUUAAUCUCUCUUGUGGCAGCAGCCAUGCCGAUGAAGCUUCAGAGCCUUGAGAAUGGGGGCUCCCAAUGGGCCUGGGCCAAGAGUGUUGAGAACCAGAAGGAGACCGCCGCCACCACCACCACCACCACCACCCUCCAGUUCUACUUUCACGAUAUUGUGAGCGGGAAUGACCCGACGGUCGUCCGGGUGGCGGAGGCCACCAGCACCGACAAGUCGCCGACCCUCUUCGGCGCCUUGAACAUGGCGGACGACCCGCUGACGGAGGGACCCGACCCGAACUCGAAGCUGGUGGGGCGAGCACAGGGGCUGUACGGGUCCGCCGGGAAGGCAGUUUUAUCUCUGAUCAUGGCCCUGAACUUCUGCUUCACGGACGGAGCGUACAACGGGAGCUGCGUCACCGUUCUGGGUCGGAACCCGGCCUUAGACCCGGUCCGGGAGUUGCCGAUCGCCAGCGGAUCCGGGCUUUUCCGACUGGGUCGCGGGUACGCAAUCGCCCGGACACACUGGUUCAAUUUCACCACCGGAGAUGCCAUUGUUGGAUACAAUGUGACGGUGGUCCAUUAAUAUUUAGUAUUAAAUAUUUAUUUCUGUUUCCUGAUUAUAUGAUUGGUUGAUCGAAUAUUUGAAGAAAACAAUAUUUGAUUUGCCUUACAUAUACCUUCGCAAAGUUUGCUUCAUAAUAAUAAAGAUUACUUUCUUUGGAAUA